UUGCAAACGCAACGUCGGCAGCCAACAAGUGGAAUCUAUACGAAGUCUAGAAGCCGGCAACAAUGUAUUUGUAUAAGAUAAUUGGAGCGAUUUAUCUAUUGAUUAUUGCUGUCUGCUGCGCUAGCAUAGAACGCGUUGAUGACUCGGACCUGAUUCACAUCUUAACUGGCGAAGGCGACGUCGUCGCUUUGUUUACGAAAGCCAACUGUGGCGAGUGCGUCGAAUAUGAGAAUGUUGUUGGCAACAUCCAGGACGACAUAAAGCAGUCGCUGGGCGCGUCGGUUGUUCAGGCGCACGAUAGCAAUUUAAUACACAUAUACGAUCCGAGCAGGGAGCCGGCUCUUCUGUAUUUCCGCCGAGGCAUUCCAAUACUCUAUUAUGGCGCGAUUAACGAGGAUGAAAUUCUACAGUUCUUCAGCGAUAACCGGGAGCCAGGAGUCAAGGAGCUUUCCGAUGACAAUUUUGAGCACCUGACGCAAGCGUCUACGGGAGCAACGACUGGAGACUGGUUUGUGUUCUUUUAUUCCGCGGAAUGUGUGCUCUGCCAGCGUUUGUAUGCCAUAUGGGAAUCAGUUGGCGGGAAACUAAAACGCAAGAUUAAUGUGGCGCGAAUGAAUUCCUUGGGCGCCGGAGUCUCCACAGCGAAACGACUGAGGAUUGUCGAAGCGCCCGAAUUUAUUUUCCUGCGUCAUGGCAAAAUCUAUCGGUAUUCGUCAAAGGAAUAUACUCCCAAGGCCUUCAUCGAGUUUGCAGAGGCCGGAUAUUUAAAGAAUACGCAUCCGGAAAGUGUACCACAACCAUCCAGCUUGUUGGAUGAAUUAUCUUUUGGGCGCGUUUUCGAUUACCUAAACAGUUAUGGCACGCUUCCAUUGGCAUUUAUGGGCACACUUAUUGUGUUGUUUCUUCUAUUUACUGUUAAAUAUUUGUUUAAAGAACCGGCAAAGAAAGCCGCCACUAAAAAAGAUAAAUAAGUUGAGCGACCGAGUGUAGUUACGCUUAUCUUCGAAUGAUUUCAUUUCAUGUACACCAGCUUUUGUGUAUGUAAUAAAAAGACAAAAAAUUCGACACUUAAA